AUGCCAGGCACCGAAGGAUGGCAGUGUGAUGAGAAUGACACAUCUUCAACGAAAAAUGCUAAUGUUGACAAUUCAACCGAUUUUCCAGAUGACAUGGAACGCUUGAUAUAUGAUACUCAUAGAGAUGUGGCAACCAUGUUUCCACGUGACCAUGAAGGGGAGACCAAUAUAGAGGCUAAAAAGUUUUAUAGGUUUGUAGAAGAGGAAAAUAAAGCGCUAUAUCCUGGAUAUUAUUUGCAAUUAUUUCGAGAAGUAGUACUAGAUUCUAAAUUGCCUAAAUCUUACGAUGAGGCAAAGAAAGUAGUGAAAGAUUUAGGUCUUCACUAUGAUAAAAUCCAUGCAUGUUGUAAUGAUUGUAUGUUUUAUUGGAAACAGCAUGAAGGUGCUACAUCUUUCCAUGUGUGUCAUGCCUCAAGAUGGAAAGAUAAAGAGAAUGAACAUUUAGAAGACAUGAAUAAUUUUUCAUCUAGGGAUGCUCAUUUAGUCCCCGCAAAAGUUGUUUGGCAUUUCCCUCUCAAGCCUAGGCUUCAAAGGCUAUAUAUGUCAUGGAAACAUUUUGAUAAACAAUACUCAAAUUUUUCUAGUGAAGCACGCAAUAUUCGAUUAAGACUUGCAAUUAUUCCUGGGCCCAACUCUCCUGGAAAUGACAUUGAUUUCUACCUCCAAUCGUUGGUGGAAGAGCUCAAAGAUCUAUGGGAGAAUGGAUUGCACACCUAUGAUGCAUCAAAAAAGCAAAUGUUCAAGAUGCAUGCAGCUUUACAAUCAACAACAAGUGACUUUCUAGGAUACGCAAUGUUGUCUGGUUGGAGCACGAAAGGAAAGUUUGCAUGCUCUUAUUGUCAUUAUGAAACUGAUCACCGCUAUUUGAAUAAUAAUAAGAAAUCAGAGGAGAGGAUAGCUCUUGAACCUUUACCAGGGGCUGAGAUUCCAAAGAAGAAAAGUAAAGAUACUCCUUGGAGAAAAUCAUCAAUCUUCUACACUCUACCAUACUGGAAAGAUUGCAAAUGUCAUCAUCAUUUGGAUGUCAUGCAUAUAGAAAAAAACAUUUGCGAUAGUUUGCUGGGAACUUUAUUAGACAUUAUUGAAAAGUCUAAAGAUCACCAUAAAGCUUGA